AUGACAGAAAAAACAUCACUUAAUAGUCUUAUUAUUCACCCUGAUAUUGAGCCUGGUGUUAUAGACAAUGCUAUGCUUACACGGUGCAUUUUAGAGUAUGGACCAAAAGACGAAGCAGGUCGAUUAUUCGCAGAGGAAGGCGUUCAUUUAGAUGAAGCACCUGUCGUUAGACUUGAGUUCCAAAAUAUCUUAAGAAUUGAUCAUCUUUGGAUGUUGAAAUCAUUAAGGAAAUUGACAUUGGCGCAUAAUCUCAUUGAAAAAAUUGAAAAUUUAGACCAAUUGACUGGACUAAAUGAAUUAGACUUAUCUUUUAAUAAAAUUGAGAAAAUAGAAAAUUUAGACGCACUGGUCAAUAUAGAAGUGUUGACGCUAUUUCAUAAUAAGAUAAGAAAACUUGAGAAUAUGGAAACACUAGAAAAUCUUUUAGUAUUUAGUAUUGGUGAUAAUUUAAUUGAAGAUUAUAAAGAGAUGGCGUAUAUGAGGAAAUUUCGUAAAUUACGCUCAGUGAGCUUUAAGGGUAAUCCAUGUUGUGACGAUCCCAUGACUUACCAGUUUCUGAAAUCUGCUCUUACCCGCGUUACUUAUUUAGAUUAUAAACUAGUUACUGAAGAUGAAAGGGAAGAUGGAAGAGCUAUUUUUAGAGGUCUUCUUCGUAAAUUAGAUGAAGAUGAUGAAAAAGCUGAAAAAGAACGUUUGGCCAAAGAAGAUUAUAACGCAAAAGUUGAAUUUUAUGCCCUAUCAUUUGUUGAAUAUUUAAGCGGUCCCGAGUUACUUGAGGCUAUGUUUGAGAAGGACCCAGACGGAACUCUACUGCUCAAAGUUGGCGGCGAGCUCAUUGGAUUCUAUGAACAAUAUAAAGAACAAUACGUAGAAACAAUGGCGGGAUUGGUAGAGUUUGCUCAAGAAGCGUACAACGCGAGACAACAAGAAAUUAAGCUAUUUAAAGAUUUAGUAGACAAUGCUCUAGAAGAUAGUGUGGUAAAAAGUAAAGCUGUCGUAGCGGAAUUCGAAGAAAAGAAAAAGCCUCUAACAGAACAAAUGAAUCAAAUAAUAGGUAAAUUUACGGCCAAACAAGCCACUAUAGAGGAGUUAGAACCAAAUAUUAUAGAUGCUGGGGAGUCCUUCAAUGAUUUGAUCUUUGAUUUAUGGAAAAAACUGAUGACUAUUGAAAUGCAACUAUAUGAACAAUGCGAGGAAUCUCGAGUUCAAUUUGCAGUAAACAUGACAGAAAUGAUAACGAAAUUACUAGAAGUUUCUCGCAACGCUUUUGGGGCGUGGCGGGAACAUGAAGGCAUGUGGUCGAUGCGUCAGUUCGAGACGCUAUCCAAGCUUUUGGGUAAUAAAGUUAUAUUGGGUGAUAUUCCUAAAGAACUGUUUGAGGUGAUGAUGGACAGAGAUCAAAUGAUGAAUCUCGUAGCCCAGUCGUCAGACAACCACAUGCGGUUCAUCGACGCUCGGGAAGACUUGCUAAUGACGCGAGCGAAUAACUGGCGAGAUCAACUAGUACAAGGAACUAACGAUAACGAAAUCAAGCGAAACAGAGAUAGGAUUCUGGAAAUAUAUUAUUUCAUAGACAACCAACGUGAAGAAUGGACGGACAUGCAGAUGAGUAUGACUGAGACGGUCGAUCCAGAGACUGCUGCUCUUUUCGGCGACGACUUU